CACAGCCCGGAUCGACAAGACCUCCGAUUCAAGUCAGCCACAUCCAAGCGAGAACGAUGGACCCUGAAUAUGCGGAAGCGGAGCCCUCAGUUGCGCCGACUCGGCCUCAAGGCCCCGGCAGCGGUGACACGGCAACUGCUGCCAAGAGGAAGCCAGUGCGACGAGACCCCGAGAAGAGACGCCUGCAGAACAUCAAGGCUCAGCAAAAGUACAGGGAGAAACUCAAGAAACGCCUUGGCCAUCUUGAGACUCUCGCCGCUUCUAUCAGUCAGAGUCCGGCAGAAGGUCCGGCAUCCACACCUGCAACCAACACUGGUGUGGCUCUCUUGUCUCAGAGCAGUCCAUCAACGGGCACAAAUUCCACUCAGGGUUGCAUGUAUCAUGACUCGCAAGAGAAUAUCACCUUUGAUUCUAUCGACUUCUUCGACUUCUCAUCUGUAGAUUUCUUUAGCCCUGCCAGGGCGUCUUCCCAGUCUACGGCCUCUCCCGAUACUGCGCUUUGGGAUCCUGCCACAUCCGUAGGCCUCCCUCAUCUGGUUCACAAUAAGGACUCGGCAUCUAGAUCUCACUACUGGGUCGGAAUGGUCGACUGCGGCUGUGUCCGGCCUCACGUGAAAGUCAGCUGCGAGACCGCGAGAGACUGGGGAGACAUGAAGCUCCUGAGCGUUGGGCCGAGCUUCUGCACGCCGGACCCCCACAUGAACGCGCUCCGGGUCGAGCGCAUCUGCAUACUCGAGGCGUUCAUGGCCAACUGCUUGCAGAUCGGGGUUACGGAAGAAAUGUUUUGCGGCCCACAUGCCAUCUCGCCAUUCUUCCGGUCGGGUGCCAACAAGGCCAUCGACAGCCCCAGCGGAGAUGGAACGGUCACGACGGUUCAGCGCAUCUUCAGGACCCUCAAACCAGACGUGAGGCCUAUCAGAGAGCAGAUCAUCAUGAUGCACAGGCCCAUGAUUGAUGUCCUGCCGUUUCCCACGUUCCGGAAGAACCUUAUAGAGAGUGGUGAUGCCAUCCGCGAGGAGGAGUUGUUCCACGACCUGCUGAAUGGUUUAAUAUGCUGGGGAGGCGUAGGGGUUGGCAAAAAGGACAGGGAUGCGUCGACAGGUCGGGUAUCCACUGGCACGCCGUGGGACAACCGCAGCUGGGAGGCGAGACCAUGGUUCCUGCAGAAGUACUGGGCUCUCCUUGGAGGCGAAGACGGCGAGCUCGUGAGACAGAGUGAGUGGUGGCGAAACAUUCGGGGAGAGGAGGAUGAGCCUUGGUCGACAUGCUAGGCUCAAUGUCGUCUUGCGAAAUACUGGUACUUUGGUCACAGACACAUACGACAAGCAGUGCUGAAGUACUAUGAUGGAUUGGAUGAUCUCCGGUAGCAACCCACACACACAUCCGAGGGUUGGCAGUCUAAGGAUUCCGUCAACAUCUACCAAGCAGUUCACGCAAGUACAUCUGAGAAUUUAGACAGACCAAGCUAUUUGACCCAGGGUGGACUUCUAAAGCUCACGCCGUUAUCAAUGCGGCCGAACAAGACUUCAGUG